AUGGCCGAUCUUCCCCCUCAGUCCAUGCCUGCUCCUGUUGAGCACCUCAACAUCAAGGUUACUGAUAACAAUAAUGAAGUCUUCUUCAAGAUCAAGAGGAGUACGCAGCUGAAGAAACUUAUGGAUGCCUUCUGCGAGAGACAAGGCAAGCAACUCUCGACUGUUCGUUUUCUCUUUGAUGGCACAAGGGUCCGGCCAGAUGACUCUCCUGAGACUCUAGAUAUGCAAGACGGCGACACCCUCGAGGUGCACCAGGAGCAGAUCGGUGGCUGA